AUGUCUGCAGCGUUGAUUUGGAAGAGGUGUAGGCUGGAUGACGAGUUAAAUAAGUUGAGGAAGUACGAUAUGUCUGAUGCAGACACGUUUGUGUGUAAUGACGCGAAAAACGUAAUUAACUUGUCAAAUUGUUUCAAAAAUGAUCUUUAUUCUUUGCCUCCAGGCUUUGACUCUAAAUUAAAAGAACUGUACCCCUUGCUACAGCAGGUACACUAUGAAAGUGCGAACCUUACUGAUUAUGAGCUGGAAAGGAUGGCUGAAAGGAUAAAAUUCUCAGAGACUACACAUUAUGAAGAUCUUGGCACGGGUCGUUUUGAUUCCUCCGAAGACCCUUUCAAUCACACCUACUUCCCAGACUACGUCCUUCCGAGUAAUCAGAACAAUCUGUUUGAUAAGAGCUACGAAAAACCCUCAGAUUUUGAAUAUAAAACGCCAGCAUCGAUAUAUAGGACAAAUAUGAGGAACGGUUCAGGCCAUGAUUCGGGUUGCGGAAUGAGUGUCGACAGGAGUGCAUCAUAUGGGAACCUUUUCCCUUCAAACAACUUGUUUAGCAGCUCAACAUAUAAAUCUCAAUACAACACACCUGGGUACUAUAACUCCAGCUACAAUGUUAACUCUAGCAAGUUUCUUGAAACGCCAGCCAACAUGAAAUAUAAGCAAGUUCGCGAUACAGUAUACGGGCAUAAAAACACAUAUAACAACGAAUCGGUUGAUUCGAACAGAGGAUUCGAUUAUAAAAACGAAUUUUUAACUGCAUUUCAACCGGGAAAUGAAUAUAAAAAUGACUAUACUACAGUAGAAACACCGAUGGUGGAUAUGUCAAGAGCGAACAACAACGAUGACUUCGUCGCAUCGUUUCCGUGGGAAAGGGAAUUGAAUGAACAAUUUAUCACAAAUGCAAACCAAAAUGAAAACUAUUACGACUCUCUAUACGCUAACAGUAACUUUCAAUCAAACGACGGGCUAAGCACGAAAAGGGACUAUUUGUUUAGCGACGGCAAGUCAUUCGCAAACUUUAGCCCUAACUCUCCACUAAGAUCGUUCAUGAAUGAUGAUGUGAACUAUAAAUAUCACAUCGAACCUACUCCGAGAAGACCAUAUUACUAA